AUGGUUGACAUCUUUGGACGAAUCCCUGUCAAGGAGCGACAGUGGGUUCAGCAUGUGGUUGCAAUUCCUGGUCCAAGUUCUGCAUACAUGUCAAAUGCCAUAGUCGUGUUCAAAGGCACGGCAGCUGGCAGCAUUGGAGUGUUUCAGCAUGAGAUUGGUCACGCAGUCGAUUUCUACAAGAAUGGCUUCCAAGCCAGCGGCAGAACUGAGUGGCUUGACGCCCUCCGAAAGGAUACUUGUGUAACGGACAACUACGCCAAUUCCAACGCUGUUGAAGCUUUCGCACAAAUCGGUGUUGUUUCUCUCUUCCAGAAUGUGAACCCCGGUGGCUUGGAUCCUGCCUUUGGUUGGACAUGGCAUUGUUUCCUCAACCAAAUCACCACUUAUAAUCAAUUUCAAGGAGAUUCAAUGACUCCAGGAGGAGUCUGCACUCGUCGGUGGUCUGACAGCGCUAUCAUCAGCACCGGAGCAGCGAAGACAAUUUCUCCAGCUGCGCGUCCCAAGCCGGAGAACGUUUUGGGCACGCCCAAUGUCUUUGCAAUUCCAUUUGAGGCUCAUUCAAAACUGAGCGUAUAUGAGAAUAUUACCGUCAACCAGACGGAGGCUGAGGCUGCUGCUGCUAGGCAGAAUGCUUGGGCUGAGGAAGUGAAUGCUAUCAGGAAGGGGAAGCGAGCAGAGAGAUUCAGGCUGUAG